CCCAUGGAGAGACUUGCCUUCCAACAUAAGACACACCUUUAGACUCAUUCUGUACAGCCUACCUGGACGAUCACAACAGUAAAACCAUCUGAACUUUGGGCCCAUUGACUUGAAGUAGGUAGUUGAGGAAAUCCACUUCUCUGUAUGGACAACUUCUAACCACUAAUGAUUUUAAAUUUGAUUUAAUUACACCGGACCAGGGUUUAUACAUGGACAUCUAGCAUUGUCAGUAAAGACCGAGAAAAUGUACGGAACCGCAGCACCUUUUUCCUAUUCCCCAAGGGGUUUCGUGCCGGAGGAACAGCCGUCAUUUAGGCGAGGUUUUCAACAGGAUGAACCCAGGAACUCACCAUUUCAGAGAAACAGUCCGUCCAGGCCCAGUGGCAAGGCAAUAUACUCCCAGCGAAAAGAGCACAUAGAAACACUGAACAAGGAAGACAACGUUCACUACAGAGUUGAGCACCUGUUUACCUGUGAAUUGAUCAGCCAUGAGGCUAACAGCCUGGAUGAGUGCAUCGCCAAGCUCAAGAACCUAGACGCCAAAGGCCGGAUAUGGCCGCAGGACAUGAUCCUAGACGUGCAGGGAGGAUACCUGCAGCUCAACGACAUCGAGACAAAGGCUGAGCUGGAGUCCCUCCCCCUGGCCUCCGUCCUCAAGACCAGCACCGUGCUGGACUGCUGCGCCUACAACUCCCUGCUGGCCGUGGUGGUGCAGCAGCGCUUCAAGAGGAGCACUCAGGUCUACAUCUUCCAGUGUGAAGAGGUCGGGGCCGAGUUCAUUAAGAGAGAUCUGGAUAAGGUCGUCCAAGGAGCGCCAGCUCAUGUGGACAACCAUAGCAACCAGUUGAACCUCCGCAACGACCGGGAGCACAUCCCUGCACCGUGGGUCCCAGGAGGCUCCAGCCCCCGGGCCGUGCUGGACCGCCCCCCCUCUCCCCUAGAAUACCGCCCCAGUGGCAGGGCCGUCGAGCCGCCCCCCGCCCCUUGGAGCUACGCCCCCGUGGACCCUCCCCCCGCCCCUCGGAGUUACGCCCCCGUGGACCCUCCCCCCGCCCCUCGGAGCUACGCCCCCCCACCGCAUGAGAGCCACUACAAUGCUGAGAUGGAAAUGGGCAGACAGGAGAGUCGGCCAAUGACAGAAUAUACCGACAUAAAGAGAGAUACGGAAAUCCUAAACCAUGUGUUGAUCGAUGUGGAGCUCUUCAUGGGGCUUCUAGCCGCUACAGUACUGCCCCAGGGCGAAAAUGGCAAGAAGAAGAAAGCUAUCUCAAAGAAGAAAUCCAAGACAAAAGGAGCCGGCAUGCCACCUGCAGAUCAAUAUGUUGGAUAUCUUCAAAAAGUCAAGUAUGGCUUCAAUCUACUAGGUAAACUGAACGGGCACCUGACCAAUCCCAGUGCACCAGACUAUGUCCACAUCCUCUUCACUACUCUUCGAAUCGUGGUCCCGCAGUAUGCCCCUGGCAUCUCCAUGAGAGUGGUCUCCCCCAUGCUGACAGAGCCGGCCCUGCAGCUCCUGGACCAGGACACGAGUCCAGAGGAGGACCAGCUGUGGAGGUCCCUGGGAGAGUGCUGGAACCUCCCCAGGAACAAAUGGCCGCACGAAGUCCCGCCGUACAUGCCACAGUUUUCUGACGGUUGGCAGAUCCCGCCCCGGGCGACAUCUUCCCAGAUGGUGGCCCUCAACCGCAGCAACAGCCAGCGUUUCCCCCCUUCUCCCUCCAGUAACGGGCCCCCAUAUGACCCCCGGAGCAGCAGAGAAGAGCAGAGGAACGACAGCCACUGGGCCCCACCAUCACCACGCCAGAGCGGGCCGCCCCUGUACAUGCGGGUCAUCUAUGACUUUGUGGCAAGGAACAGCCAGGAGCUGAGUAUUCAGAAAGGAGACGUGGUCCAGGUGGUAGACAAGUCUAAACAGUGGUGGAUCGUCCGCAAUAAUCUCCAGGAGGAGGGACAUGUUCCCCAGAAUGUUCUGGAGCCCAUGAAUGAGUCAGUGCCCAUGGACAACCCACAGGGCUCCCGCGGCCGUGGUCCCCCGUUGGACCUGAUGUCCAGCCCUGCGGAUGUUCGAGCCUGGCUGGAUUACAAAGGCUUCUCCAAAAUGACGGUGCAGAGCAUUGGUGUGCUGAACGGAAAACAGCUGCUGGGAUUGUCCCGCGAAAACCUACGGCUUGCCUGCCCCGAGGAAGGCGGCAAAAUGUUCUUCCAGCUGCAGCCCAUAAAGUCUGCCAUUGCACUUGCCUCCGAGCCCGGGUAUGGACCCUACAAUGGCCGUCACUAGUGACCAGUCUCCGAGUACAUUAUAAUGGCGGUCGUAAUUAAACUGAUUCUAUUUAACUCAAUCGAUUACUGAUCAAAACCAACUUUUGUGCCAACAGAUGAUCGCUAAGAGGUUGAUUUUGUGCUGCAUUGAACUACUUCAAAUCAGUUAUACACUAAUUUUCCAACUGCAAUUAAGACAUGAAUCAGCCCUACCGAAUUUUUUUAAAUAUGCAGUAUAGCUGCAAAUUAUCUGUCAACCACCCAGUGUAUCAUUUACCUACCUCAUUUAAAAUCUAAUAAAUAAAUUCUAUCAA